UACAAGCCGCACGCAGUUUCGGUGCUCGCGUACGUGGUCGUCACCAGCAGCACCACCAAAGUGGUCAAGUGUUCCCUUCUCGCUCUUUCCUCCUAUCCGCUUACCUUGCUUGUGCGGGAGUGGAAGCGGCUCCACACGUCACCCGCCCUCUCGUAGGCUUUCGUUCGUGUGCAGAUGGUGGUCUAGUCCCCUGUGUGCCGUAUCUAUGCUAAGAGAAUCGACGUGAUUUACCUGGUGCAGCAUCUGUGCGUUCAAAACCGUGUAGUGUGCUUGUCCCGCGGUGAAAGGUGAUGAAAUUGGUGGACGACCACGACCCGUGGUCACGAAUGUGAGAGGCGGCCGCGUCACGGCACCGAUUUCGAAACGGGCGAAGCUAGCCGUCGGUUGAGACAUAUUAAACAAAUAACGUACACUCGCGCGCGCGCCUGCUCGCGCCCAUCAUCGAAAGAUUUAUAUUUAUCUUUGCACUGCCCGCCCGCCUCCGGCAGUCCGAGGAAGCGGGGGGAAGGAAACCCCGUGACGAAUAUAGGCGGCCCAAGUGAACCAAGCACCAUCCGGUGAUCGCGUCCAUACUGGCGCAAAAUAAGCGUGACUCAACGCAGGUGAAUCCAACUCGUGCUUCCGCCUGGUUUGACUAAACCUCCUGUGGUCACCUACCGUGGAUUUCGAUCAUCACAAUCCGGCAUAAGCAAAACCAUCACCGCUGCUGUAUACGCGAUCAACUUACGCUUGUCACUUCUUCGACAAUAACUGGUUCGCUCCGUUGGGUCCGGAAUUCAGCAUCGAGGAGAAUCAACGCGCGCAGCCCCGAUCAAUCUAGUCAAAAACGAAACGAUUGCGCCGAUCGUAACGCCCCUAUCAACCGGAGCCGACCGACCACCGACCGCUUCCGUCCAAUCAACCGCUCAAUCGAUACGAAAGUUAGUUCGAGUUAGUCCUCGCACCAUGAUUGGCAGCAGCACGGCGCUGGCCACGAUGGUGAUGCUGGUCGCGCUGGCGCUCCUAGCGCUGACCGUCGACAGCAGCGCAGGGCAGGUGGCGUCUUACCAGCUGACAACCUGCCCGGGCAAAACGACCUGCAGCCAGUGCAUCCAGACGACCAACUGCCGCUGGUGCAAGAAGCCCAACUUCACACAACCGCGGUGCCACGGCCAGAUCGAGAAGUACUGCCCGGAGGAGUACACCGUCGAUCCGAGCAACGAGUUCCGGCUGCUGCUGGGCCGCGAGCUGACCAAAGCGACCAAGCGCGUUGGCGCGCUGGACGGGCAGAGCGAGCGGGAAUCGUACUACUCGUCGAGCCAUUACCAGUCCUCGUCGUCGUCGCACUCGUUCCAGCAGUCGUCGUCGUCCUCGUCGUACGAGUCGGAGUCAGCCGCCGGUAGCAUUGUGCAGAUUUCGCCGCAGAGCGUCAGCCUCAAGCUACGUUUGAAUGAAGUAUACCGGCUCAACGUCAACUAUGCCCAGGCGGAAGACUAUCCGGUCGAUCUGUACUAUCUGAUGGACCUGUCAAAGUCAAUGGAGGACGACAAAACGAUCCUGUCAACGCUCGGUGCACAUCUCGCCUCGGAGAUGCGAAAGAUUACCAACAACUUCAAGCUCGGCUUUGGCUCGUUCGUCGACAAGGUGCUGAUGCCCUACGUUUCGACCGUUCCGAAGAAGCUGGAACAUCCAUGCGAAGGAUGCAAUGCCCCGUACGGGUAUCUUCACCAUAUGUCGCUUAGUUCGGAUUCCAACCUCUUCACCCAAGAGGUCCAGCGGGCGAACGUGUCCGGCAACCUGGACGCCCCGGAAGGUGGCUUCGACGCGAUCAUGCAGGCGAUUGUGUGCCGCGAGCAGAUCGGCUGGCGCGAGAAGGCCCGCCGCCUGCUGCUGUUCUCGACCGACGCCGGCUUCCACUACGCUGGCGACGGCAAGCUCGGCGGCGUCAUCACGCCGAACGAUGGCGACUGCCACCUCGACCACAACGGACGCUACACGCACUCGACGACGCAGGACUACCCGAGCAUCUCGCAGAUCAACCUGAAGGUGAAGCAGAACGCAAUCAACGUGAUCUUCGCCGUGACGCAGGAGGAGCUGUCGGUGUACGAGAAGCUGUCCCGCCUGGUGGAGGGCUCGUCCGCCGCCAAGCUGUCCAACGAUUCGUCCAACAUAGUGGAUCUGGUGCGCGACCAGUACGAUAAAAUCUCUUCGUCGGUGGAGAUGAAGGACAAUCGGACGGACAACGUGAUCGACGUGAAGUACUACUCCCGGUGUCGCAACACCAGCAGCCAGCUGCAGCAGACGAACCGCUGCGAAGGGCUGAAGGUCGGCGACGUGGUGACGUUCGAGGCGCACAUUACGCUGCUCCAAUGCCCGAGCGAUCCGCGCGACUGGCACCAGGUGCUGCAGAUCUACCCGGUCGGCAUCAACGAGAGCCUGACGGUCAACAUCGAGAUGCUGUGCAGCUGCGACUGCGAGCAGCCGGCCGACCCGGAGUACCGCGAGAAGGCUAGCGAGUGCAGCAACGCCGGCACGUACAAGUGCGGUAUCUGCGAGUGCGACGGCAACUAUCACGGUCAGCACUGCGAGUGCUCGGCCACGGACAGCCUGCUCGAGCCGGGCAUGGUGGACGCGUGCCGGAUGUCCAACUCGUCCGACGAGUGCAGCGGCCGGGGCCAGUGUGUGUGCGGGGUGUGCGUGUGCGAGCGGCGCCCCAAUCCGGACGAGGUGAUCGAGGGCAGGUACUGCGAGUGCGACAACUUCUCGUGCGAUCGCCCGGGCGGGCUGCUCUGCUCCGGCCCGGACCAUGGCCGGUGCGUGUGCGGACAGUGCGAGUGCCGGGACGGCUGGACUGGCCCCGCCUGCGACUGCCGUGCGAGCAACGAGACGUGCAUGCCGCCGGAUGGCGGCGAACUGUGCUCGGGCCACGGCGAGUGCGAGUGUGGCACCUGCCGCUGCUCGGUGGACGCGGACGGGCGCUACACGGGGCGCUACUGUGAGAAGUGCCCGACGUGCUCGGGCCGGUGCAACGAGUUCAAGCACUGCGUCCAGUGCCAGCAGUACCAGACGGGCCCGCUCGCCAACGCCGACGACUGCGCCACCAACUGCACCCUGUUCGUGCCGGUGCCCGUCGAGAAGGUGGUCAUCGACGAGCAGCGCAACGACAACAAGUGCACGUUCUACGACGAGGACGACUGCCGGUUCGAGUUCUCCUACAACGACAGCGACCAGGAUAAGGUGGUGGUUAUGGCGCAGGAGCAGCGCGAGUGCCCGCCCAAGGUGUUUAUGCUCGGCAUUGCCCUCGCGGUCAUCGCCGCCGUCGUCCUCAUCGGCAUGGCAGUGCUGCUGCUCUGGAAGGUUCUCACCUCCAUCCACGAUCGCCGAGAGUUUGCACGCUUCGAGAAGGAGCGCAUGAUGGCCAAGUGGGACACGGGAGAAAAUCCUAUCUACAAGCAGGCAACGACCACCUUCAAAAAUCCAACGUACGCUGGAAAGUGAGCGCACACUUGGGAAAUUCCAUCUACUUAACGAUCGCCCUCCAAGCACAUUUCUUUUAAAUCAUCGACCAUGCCCCCUUCCUUGGCAGUGGCCCAUCAAGCAUCGCAACUAGCAGACUGAUCUGCGACUUAUAAAAUCGUAUUUACUUUCCCUGUGUGUGUGCUAUGGCUUCUAGCCUUCCAUCGAGAUGUGGAUGAAGUCAUCCGUCCGAUUUCGAGAAUAAGAAAAGGAAACACAUUCGUACUAUACCGGGGCUUACCGGAGAAGAGCACAUGAAGCUUAAUGCGAUAGUGAAUAGACUUUAGGGCCAGCGGUAUAACAAAAGUAUCUCCCUUGCCUUCGUGUGGCUAUUUCUGGUUUUUUCAAGCUCUGUGUAGUAAUACUAGACUACUACUCAUCAUCUAUUAAGCUGCUCUGAUUGUUUAUUUUUCAUGUGCUGAUUUCACUUAACAAUUCAUUCAUCAAACGACACCUAUUUGUCGAAAUCAGUUGCUCUGAAACGCAUCGUCAUCUGCAAACAAAACUCAACAGCGUUGAACACAACGUGACCGAAACCGUUUGACGAUUGAUGAUUACAUUCAGAACACCCACCAACUGCGACGGAUCGGUGUGUUAGGGAUUGCCAUGUCGUAUGAAGAGCAGCACAAAUUUCGGCGAGUGGCCGUUUGGUUGGUCGCGUAAUUUGGCUGCUUCUAACGCGAUACUAGUCUUUUAUUUUCAACUCAUAUUGUGUCUUCCACAACCCUACCCUGUGUGUGAGUGUUUGUGAGUGGGUGCGCACACUUGAAGGAUAAGCAUGACGAGUAAAUGCCAUACUCCGUAAUUCAGCAUACGUAUGUGAAGAAUAUAUCAUACAGCGACAAGGGAAAGAGAGGAAGAUAAAAAUUGUGUCAAAUUGAACGAAUUGAGUUAAGCUCACAAAAACGCGAAAAUUUUAAAGAUAUUAACCUAUGUGAGAAACGAAGGGAAGCGAACGAAUGUGUAGUGUAAUGCACCAGUAGAAAAAGAACUGGUAUAUGAGGGUUUAGAUGUUAAUAGAGGUAUACUAACGAAUAAAACCCCUUGUUUGCAGUUAGCUAAUAUCGUGACGAUCGAAUGUGGAAGCAAUCUUUCUAAUACAAUACUGUUUAAAAUGUUUAACCUAGACACUGUUUUUAUUAAUAACUCGCGAAGUGACA